CUGGCGGGGAGGAGGAGGAGGAGCACCAGGCCUCCGGGCCCCGGCACCGCCGCCCGCAGGUCAUUUCUGAUUCAUUUGCAUCCUUGAAGAGCAUCUAUAGAAGAAGGAAAAGAUGGGUGUGAAAACGUUUACUCAUAGCUCCUCUUCCCACAGCCAGGAAAUGCUUGGAAAGCUAAAUAUGCUGCGAAAUGAUGGACAUUUUUGUGAUAUCACUAUUCGUGUCCAGGACAAAAUCUUCCGGGCACAUAAGGUGGUACUAGCAGCUUGCAGUGAUUUUUUUCGCACCAAACUUGUAGGCCAAGCAGAGGAUGAGAACAAAAAUGUGUUGGAUUUGCAUCAUGUUACAGUGACUGGUUUUAUACCGCUUUUAGAAUAUGCUUACACAGCCACUCUGUCAAUUAACACAGAAAAUAUCAUUGAUGUUUUAGCUGCAGCCAGCUAUAUGCAAAUGUUUAGUGUUGCUAGCACCUGCUCAGAGUUCAUGAAAUCAAGCAUUUUAUGGAAUACACCUAAUAGUCAACCAGAAAAGGGUCUAGAUGCUGGACAAGAAAAUAACUCUAACUGCAAUUUUACUUCUCGAGAUGGAAGCAUUUCUCCAGUGUCUUCAGAGUGCAGUGUGGUAGAAAGAACCAUUCCUGUCUGCCGCGAAUCCCGGAGAAAGCGCAAAAGCUACAUUGUUAUGUCUCCUGAAAGUCCUGUAAAGUGUAGCACGCAAACAAGUUCUCCCCAGGUAUUGAAUUCUUCAGCUUCCUACUCAGAAAAUAGAAAUCAACCAGUUGACUCUUCUUUAGCUUUUCCCUGGACUUUUCCUUUUGGAAUUGAUCGAAGGAUUCAGCCUGAUAAGGUUAAGCAGGCAGAAAAUACCCGGACCUUAGAAUUACCUGGCCCAUCUGAGACAGGUAGAAGAAUGGCUGAUUUUGUGACUUGUGAGAGCACAAAAACUACCUUGCCUUUGGGUACUGAAGAAGAUGUCCGGGUCAAAGUAGAAAGGUUAAGUGAUGAGGAGGUCCAUGAGGAAGUAUCCCAGCCUGUCAGUGCAUCUCAGAGUUCACUGAGUGAUCAGCAGACAGUGCCAGGAAGUGAACAAGUCCAAGAGGACCUUCUGAUUAGUCCACAGUCUUCCUCUAUAGGCUCAGUAGAUGAAGGCGUCACUGAAGGGUUACCUACACUUCAGAGCACUUCUAGCACUAAUGCUCAUGCAGAUGAUGAUGAUCGAUUGGAAAAUGUUCAGUAUCCCUACCAACUCUACAUUGCUCCUUCUGCCAGCAGUACAGAACGGCCAAGCCCAAAUGGUCCAGACAGACCUUUUCAGUGUCCAACUUGUGGGGUGCGAUUCACCCGUAUUCAGAACCUAAAACAGCACAUGCUCAUCCACUCAGGAAUUAAACCAUUUCAGUGUGACCGCUGUGGGAAAAAGUUCACCAGGGCUUACUCGCUAAAGAUGCAUCGCCUAAAGCAUGAAGGUAAACGCUGUUUCCGGUGCCAGAUAUGUAGUGCCACUUUCACUUCCUUCGGGGAAUAUAAACACCACAUGAGGGUUUCCCGGCACAUUAUCCGCAAGCCUCGGAUUUACGAGUGCAAAACAUGUGGCGCCAUGUUCACCAACUCUGGAAAUUUAAUCGUGCACCUGAGGAGUCUGAACCAUGAAGCGUCAGAGCUAGCAAACUACUUCCAGAGCAGUGAUUUCCUAGUACCGGACUACUUAAACCAGGAGCAAGAAGAGACCCUUGUUCAGUACGAUCUUGGAGAACACAGUUUUGAAAACAACUCCUCUGUUCAAAUGCCUGUAAUUUCACAGGUCUCCUCCACCCAGAAUUGUGAAAGCACUUUUCCCUUGGGGUCUCUUGGUGGGCUGGCAGAAAAGGAGGAAGAAAUGCCAGAGCAGACAAAGACCAGUGCUUGUGCCGAGGCAACCAGAGAUGACCCCCCCAAAUCAGAGCUUUCUUCUAUAACUAUUGAGUAAUUUUGUGGUUUGGCUUCAUUUUAGGUUUUUGGAAAGUGCCUGUGCUUGGUCUUGUACAUUUAAAUUUAAUUUAAUUUUCUAAACAAAAAAGGGUUUAGAAAGAAUUUCCCUUUUUACUUUGUAAACCCUGCAACUAAUGUUUUAUUUUUCAUGUCUGAGAGAUUAAGCCUCUAUAAGUGCACAAUAACAUGAUGUUGAAACAAUAGAAAGGAGAACCAGUUGACUUAAAACAUAUAUCAGUUUCUUCUUCCAUUAUUAAAAGUAGGCUAACAAUAGAUCAUUAGAUAAAGAAGAAAUCAGAUGAACAUUGACCUUCCUGAGAUGAAAUGGUACACCAGAAGCAAAUUACUGAAAAGAAUUUGACAAAUGACCUGAAUAGAUGUUUACUCUUAUACACAGGACAUUGUACAAUAUUUUAUAAAGUUAUUGUUUUGAGAAGUAUUUAUGGUAAGCUUUCUUAAAAAUUAUUAGAGUAAAUACUUCUGAAAUCCAGUGUACUUUUUUUUUUUAAGCUUUGUCAUUUCUUAUUUUUCAUGAAAAUUUGAUAUUGGAGUAGGCAUUCCCUCUGUACCUUUAUAGUACCACUCAUUCAAAUAAUCUGUCUUCCUUCUAUAAAAGAAGACAAAGAACAUGAUUGAGAAUUGUCAAGCUAUGCAUGAAAUGACCAGGAAUGGAGAAUGUAGUAUGUAAAUCCCAGCUUCAUAGAUUCUUUAAUCCUGCUUUUCUGACUAAAAUUGUUAUUUACCUGGUCUUUGAAUGUUAAUGCCUGACUAAUUAGGUCACUGCCUAAAUCAUUUUUACUCUUGCCUCAUCAAUAAUACUUUCUCUUGCAUAUACUGGCGUGAUACCAUAUAAAUAUUGGAGAUAUUCUAUAUUUUAUAUGUAGGAUUAUGUAUUGUUGAGGAUAUUUUUAUUGUGCUCUUUUGGACAAAAUAAAGAAUUCUGUGUUAAGGCUACAUUCUUUACCCAACUAAGAUUGUUUACAAAAAUCCGAUAUGACAGCGAUACAUUGUCCUUGUUCUAAAAUAUUUUUGGACAUUGCCAAGUUUAUUAAAAGCAGUUAGUGUAGUUUUACACAGUGUAAGCAAUAAUGUAAAGACAAGGAAAGGCUAUAAAAUGAUCUAUGACAUAAGUCUGGGGGAAAACUGUUAAGACUAAAGAAAAACUAAAAACCUUAAAUUAAUGAAUAUCACCUCUUUUGCUGCUAAAAACAAAACUUACUGGUUUAUUAUAGUUGAAAUUUAUGAUACUCUAAGCUGGAGUAUACUUUUAAUCUAGUGCCAUUUAAAGCAUCACUGACAUUGAUCCUAAAUAUUCAUGAGUUCAUGAACAGUGAACUUUUGAAUGACUCUAUGUAUAUACCCAAAGUUUAAUAAUUAUGAAAGCCCUUGAUUAGAUCAGAAAAAAAUAUAGUUUCUUGCUCAACACACAUGAUCUGAAUUUUGUCCAGGUAUUAGACCGUAAUCAUAAAAUAUAUUUUUAAGUUUUAGUUAUUUAUUUUUAUUUUUUUAAAUUUGCUAAUUCUAUCAUUUAUUUUACCCCCUACAAAUGUAAAAGAAGGGAAAGUAAACUCAUUGGAGAUUUGUUUAGGCUCAUGUUCUUUCUGUCUCCACAUUCUGUCUUUAUAUUUUUUCCAACACCUUAUUUCACUCGUGAACCUGUUUUCACCCCUUUGUUCUCAAAUAUAGGUGUAUCACCUUCAGGAAAGUCAACUUUCCUGAUGAGCUUACACCAUUUAUGCAUCUUUACUAAUAUGGUUGAAUUACAUUCUGCAGCAGUCUGGUACUUAACUAGUAACAGUACUGCUGUGUUUCAACUGGAAAGGUCAGGAAUUUUUAUUUUUAAUGUCAUAUAUAUUUUUUGAAAACUAUUAUGCCUACCAGUAGAUAAAUGUCAAAGUUAAUUUUAAAAUCUUAUGUGAACAAGACAAAGAAUAGGUAGAAUUAUGACCAGCAAUGUUGUUCUCCUCAGUUACAAGCUAUCUUUAAAAAGGGAAAAAAAAAAGGAAGAAAAAAGGAAAAAAGUAGCAUUAGAGAAAUGUCUUGGAAUCAUUUGGAGAUUUUUUUGUUAAACGUGUUUUAGCACAUCUCCUGUCCUCUACAUUAAGAGAACCCUGCACAGUUUUGACGGUCCAAGAUAUUCUUUGUUCUCAGAAUAUAAUAUUACCACCACUGGCUGUUCUCCCCCCCACCCCAAAAAAAAAUUUUAGAUUUCCAUUGGUAAUUAUAAAUUGCAAAAAUUUACAAGUUUUAUGAAAAAUUUAAAUAUAGUACUGUGGAAAUGCAAACUUGGUUAGCUGUCUAUUCCCCAAUCUUAUCUAUACAGUUAACUAACUAGUAUUUAACAUAACAUGAUAUAAACAAAGGCCUUUUUGCUAUUUCAGGGAGGCUCUACAUUUUUCUUAACACAGUUUAAGAAUAUUUAGCUUACCAAUUUGUUGUCAGAAACUAAGCUGCAAGGGAUAAUUGUAUUUUGUGUUAUUUAGAUUUAUUUAAAAUUCAUCUAAGAGAGGGAUAUUUAAAUGUAUAAUUUUUACCAGAAUAUAUAGAAAACAUUGCAAAGAGAUUUAAAAAAAAAAAAGCCAGUUACAUCAUCUCAUUCAUUAGAAACUACCAGUAAAACUAAACAUAAAAAAUUGCAGUUUAGAAUACUUAAAUGUAGCUAUCUUAAGGCCCACGAGGGUAACUGUGAUAAUUUAAAAGGGCUUAAAUUUUAGGAUACAGGAUAAAUUGCCUUUUUAAAACCAAGUAUUUUAUACAAGAAAAGCAUUUAUUUUCAAUUUUUAAGCUACCAAAUAGGUAUGAUAUACUUUAGAAAUGAGCCAAGAUGUUUGCCAUGAUACUGGAUAUACAGUUUCUAGUCAUUCUUUCCAUUUUUGAGGGCAUAUUCCUAUAGUGGAAGCAUCUAUCUAGCAUGUCAGGUGAUUGUACUGAUUCUAAAACAAAGGGGUUAAUAUUGGUUUUUAUUUUUCUGAAUUUUAAGUUUUCUAUAAAGGGAAGCAGAUGGAGUUUGUUACCCACAAAUUAAGUAGAUUUUUCUAAAUUUGAAUUUCAAGUAAUCUUAAUUUUUAUUUCAAGUAAUUAUACAUUUAGUACGUUGCCAGUUUUUAAAGUACUCAGUUUCAGUGAGACAAAAUAUACUAAAAUGUUUAAAUAGCCUCAUUCAGUCUUAUAUUUUAGCAUUCUAGCAACCAUUCUGGCUUACAGUAAUUUAGCUACGACAUAUCCUUUGGCUUUAAAAACAAAACAAAAACACUUCCAUUACCCAAAUGGAAUGGACUAGUCAGCACACAUAAUGUACUUAUCAUUGGUAACUCUGUUACCUUCUCUAACUUCUGAGCCAGUCUUUCCCGAUUUUUAAAAUGGUUUUCUGGGAGGCCUUGAAAGCUGUAUUCUUUCAAAAGGCCUUUUCUUUUAUCUCUUCUUAUUCAAAUAGAGGCCACCUAUCUAGUUAGUGACUUUUAUUUUGAAGAUUCCCAGAUCAUGUUUUAGUCUCUUAGCUUUGUAGUCCCUAAAAAAUACAUUAUUGUAUGGCAGUUUGUACUAGUGUACCACAAGGAGAGAUUUAUUCCUUUUACUUGAUGAAUGAAUAGUCCUAAAAUUGUAAUAUUUUACUGAAAGGAGGUUGAGAUGGGAGGAAUUGAUGAGAAUUAGAAACUUUUAUGCAGCACUUACUCUAUUUUCACUCAUCUGCAAAAUGUGAAGUUAGAACUCUGAAAUAUACAUCCAAGUGAAGAGAAAAUAGUUUUCUAGAUGUUAAUAUUAAUUGAGGGAGGGGGGCACUAGUAAAGUUCACUUUGGAAGUGACCCAAAGUUGCUAAAAGAUAAUGUGGUUUUUUCACUGUAAGUUGAAAGAUGCUUUAUUUAUAUUUAUAUUUUGAAAGUUACUGAGAGAAGAAUAUAUAGAAACAAUUUUCUGAAGCAGAGAAACAAAAUUGGGAAAGCUCUAGUACAGUAAACACAUCUAUGAGGAAUAUUUAUAGCUAAAUAUAGUCCUACAGGCUUUAAGCUAAAAUCAUCAAAAUUUAAGUCAUUCCUUAUUUUGCCUAUACCCAUUUUUAUCUUUCAGUUGCUUAAUAGAAUAUGGUGACAAUAGAGUUUUGUUUUGUUUUGUUUUGUUUUUUAAUUUGGAAAGUCCUCACCAAGACAAAUUUGCCAAAAGCAAUAAUGGUUCACAUUAAACAAGUUGAAUUGAACCGAUUUCCCGGUUCAACUAAAGAACAGACACUAUAUAGAUAUUUCAUUUUUAGAUUAUAAAUAUGUUGAGAUUUAUUAAUAGGGUAUUAAGUCUAUGUCAGAUUAUGGAAUAAAGAUUCUUGGUGACAUCAUAGUUGUACUUUUUUUUCAUACUAAACUAAUACAGUUAGACAUUUCCACUACGUCAUAGUGAUUAUAUUUUCAUGAUAGAAAAAAAUCAUAGGUCCAUGUCAGGCGAUGUUAUUGGACUCUCAGUUUGGCAGUAUCCAAAAAAUGCGACUGCCUUAAAGUGUUUGUGCUGCUGUAAUUAAAUAGGCUCCCUCUAUAUAGGACCUAGGCCAGUUCCUACAAAGACCAAGGUUCUUGUUUAUAUAAUAGUUUGCAAAGAAUUUAAGAGUUCAGACCGUUGAGAGAAAACAACAACUGUUUUAAAAAUUAAACUCAAUUUUUUUCAGUUUGAAGUGCCUGGUUUAUAAAAUCAAAUUCUUUGAUUAUUACCCUCUUUUCAGUUGACUGAUUUUGCUGAUUAAGCUUAAAGCCCUGGGCUUAACUGUGAUGAUUUUUUAAUAAAAUUGCUGCUUGAUGGUUUGAAGGGCUGCAGUUUCAUAAGUUUUAUUUGUCCUUGUUUUUCCAAAUGCCAUCUAACCAUAUUUAGAUUUCAUUAUUCAGUUAAACAAGUUAAAAAAUCUUCCUGUAAAUCCAUGUUCAGGUUACCAAAGUACGUCACCUGCUGAGGAAGGCUAAAUCUUCCCUACUUUGAGAGGAGCCAGUCAUCUCACACACGUUGUUUCCCUUGGUAUUAAUAGAUGCUGUGUUCAUUUAAAGAUGGGAAGUUGCAGUUCCUAGAAACACCUGUUUUUUAGAGAGAACCUUUUCUGUGAUUAGGUUAUAAGUGUGUUUCCUCUAAGAACUUUCUUUUAUUUCAGUUAUCAAUUGAAUUUUCCAGUCGACAGAUGCUAUGUGAAGUCUCUCAUACUGAGAGUAGUCCAUUAAGUUAUUGGGAGUUGCACUGUUUUCCAUCUUUCAGGUGCCUGAAAUGAACACCAUCAGGUAUUUGGAAGAAGUCAGAUCAUUAAACUUUAUUCUUUUUCUUUCUUUUACAAAGUGAUGGUUUCUAAUGCCUAUACUUCAAGAUAUUUUUUUAAAAACAACAGUCCCUAAAAGGGUAAAAUUUGGUUUUCAGUCCAAUUCCUAAUAAUAUAUUUGAUUUUUCUGUUACUGAUGCCUCCUGUUGCAUCAGAUAGAGAUUGCCUGCCUCUUUGUAGGGCACCCUUACGGCACCUUAUGUCCAGUGGGAGGAUAGUAAAUGGCUUCUUGGUGCCGCUACUAUCUUUUCAAAAGCCAUUUUAUAAAAAUCCUAUGUAGCCUAUUUUAAUAAUUAAAUAUAUAUAUUUGUGAGAGAUACUUUUAGAACAGACUUUUUUUUUUUUUUAACAUUAAAAUACCUGUAUUCCCAUUUUUAAGAGUAAAUUUAAACUUUCCAGGAUUAGGACUUGUCUUUUUCCACAUCAACAUAAUGAGGAAAAUUGAGAUAAUAGACCAUAAUUCAGUGACAGAAGAAAUUGAUAUCUGGUUAAAGGAGACAGAUGUGAAGGUAAAAAAUUGAUGUAACAAGUGAAUUUUUAAAUAAAAUUGUGUUUUUGUUUCAAUAAUUUCAUAUUUGCUGCUACAUUAGCUCAGUGUUUUACAGAGCUAACAUAUAAAUCUGGCUCCAUUUAAAAACUGGAGUACUUUUUAGUACGACUAGCCCAGGAGGAAACUGCACCACCACCGUCUUCCAGAUGGGUGACUGCUUUAUCUGAUGCAUGCUUUAACAUUUGCCUAUAGCCCAUAUCAAUGAAGUUUGGGGGAAACUUUUGUACCUUGCUAGUUAUAGCAUUAUGAUUCUUUUGGGGCACUGGCAUUUUAUGAAACACUUUGGUGAGGGUAAUGCUGGGGAGGAAAUAUGAGUUAUGUAGAUGGGUGUUUUUAUGUCUUCUACCCCUCUCCUAGAACCAGUACAACUCUUAACUGUGCCAGCCCCCAAAUCACCAGCUUUGUAUCCAGUUGUCAUCUCAUUCAAGUAUGGCUUUUACUUGGUGACAGUGGCCAUAGCUAAGUUACUUGGCAUGUUUGACUUUCAAUAAUAACAAAAAUGGUUUUGGAUUUUGUUUUGUUUUAUGUAUACCAUGUCAGACUUUACAUUUUAUAUAUUAGUAUCUGGCUAUUAGUAUUUUAUAGGAACCAUAGUUCUUGACAACUACAUAUAUGAAUAUAUAUAUAUAUUUUUUGUGACUUUUUUGUAAACUAAGUGCCGUUUGAACGUAACAAUCAUUUUUAGAGUUACUGUAAUCAAUGUGAAUAUCAUGUUUUUCAAAUCUGUUCUGAGCCUAUAGUGUUUGCUUUGUGAACAUACGUGUACUGUAUAUAUUCUGUAUAGUUACAUUGUACUGAAAUAUUAGCUUGUUUGAUAUAAGGAAAGUAUGUAUUGAGUACCUUUUUGCUAGCCUGGUUGUUUAAUCUUUUUUAAAAAGGUUUAAACUUUUUAAAAAAAAAUAUCUUUAAACUGGCCUUUAUUACAUGGUCACAAAGUUACAGUUAGAAGGGAUGGGCAGGGAAAAACUAGUUUUUGAGUGUCUUUGAAUAGAAACAUAAGACUAAGAUAUGGGUUUUUUUCCUCAUUAAAAUAUCAAUGCUUUAUGGAGUAAAA